UUCAAACAUAUGUAGAAAAUUUGGUUCUUUUUUACAUUGCAUUGAACUCAUUUAUGAAAUGAAGAUCAGUUCCUACUUAUGGCAUGCAUUCAUUCUACUGUAUUUAGGGAACACCCUUCAUGCUUUGACAUAUGACUAUUCAGCAACGACGGAGUGUUUGGAAGAAGCUUGGAAGAUUCCCUAUGGUGGAGGGAUUAUACAAAAUCCAGAAUUUGAACAUGGCAGUGAAGGAUGGACUGUGUUUGGACAUGGGAAUAUUGAAGAAAGAACAACAAAGAGUGGUAAUAGAUUCAUCACAAUCGUUAACAGAACUCAGCCUUAUGAUAGCCUAGCACAGAGAGUUCAGCUUCAAAAAGGAAAACUUUAUGCUUUUUCAGCCUGGAUUCAAAUAAGUGAAGGCAGUGAAGUAAUAUCUGUUAUAUUUAGAAGCCCUAGUGGUGAAUAUCUUCAUGGAGGUACAGUAAUAGCUGAGCAAGGGUGCUGGAGCAUGCUUAAAGGUGGGAUUGUUGCAACCUUUUCUGGUCCAGUUGAUUUAACUUUUGAGACAAAGAACACAAAUUCUGAAAUCUGGGUUGAUAAUGUCUCUCUGCAACCUUUUACCAAGAAGCAAUGGAGAUCACACCAAGAAAAUACCAUUUCCAAGGUAAGAAAGCAUAAGGUGAAAUUUCAAGUGACAAACCAAGAGAAUACUUCAAUAUCAGGAUCAAAAAUAAUCCUCAAGCAAAUUAAACCAGGUUUUCCUGUAGGAUGUGAAAUAAACCUGAACAUCCUAAACAACACCAAAUACCAAAACUGGUUCACCUCCCGAUUUUCUGUCGCUGCUUUUGGUAACGAGAUGAAAUGGUACUUCAACGAACAAACGCAAGGGCACGAAGACUACACUAUACCUGAUGCCAUGCUAAAAUUUUGUGAGCAAAACAACAUCGAUGUGCGAGGCCAUAACAUAGUAUGGGACAAUCCGAUAUACCAACCUACUUGGAUUAACCGGGAAAUCUCCCCUCGAGACUUGAAUGAAACAGCCAAAAAAAGGACGGAAUCUAUUGUUUUAAGGUACAAAGGGAGAUUGAUUCAUUGGGAUGUAGUGAAUGAAAACUUGCAUUUCAGUUUUUAUGAGGAUAAACUUGGUGCAAAUGCAUCAGCAGAGUUUUAUGCUAGGACUUACAAGCUUGAUCAAACCCCGAUUUUGUUCUUGAACGAGUAUAACACGAUUGAGUAUAGUAAAGAUGAAAUGUCCAUACCAGCAAAAUAUGCAAGAAAAUUGAAGAACAUAGUAGCAUAUUAUAGGAACAGAAGUGGGAGUAAUACAAGUUUGCCUAUGGGAAUAGGGUUGCAGUCAAGGUUUGGCCCUGGUCAGCCAAAUUUUGCUUAUAUGAGAGCAGGAAUGGACUACUUAGCUUCUAUGGGAUUCCCUCUUUGGCUUACUGAAGUCUUUGUUGAUAAAGGGGACAAUCAGGAAGAUUAUUUGGAGGAUGUUCUAAGGGAAGGAUAUGGACAUCCUGCUGUUAAAGGAAUAGUGAUAUGGCCCACUUCACCUUUCAGCAGUGACUGCAAAAUGUGUUUAACAGAUCAGAACUUCAGCAACACACCAAACGGGGAUGUAAUUGAUAAGAUUAUCAAGGAGGUUUGGGCCCCAAAAACUCAAGAAAUUAUGGCUGAUGGACAAGGCAUUUUUGACGUACAUUUGCCUCAUGGGGAUUAUGAAGUUCAUGUUAUGCAUUUUGCAACAAAUUCUUACACAAAAUUGAAAUUUAAGGUGGAUGAAAAUUCAACCAACUUUGUGCAUGUUCAAAUUAAUACAUUGGCUCCUUACGAUUGUAUGUAAGUUAAAUGUUGUUGAGCACGCGCCAGCCGAUUGUAUGUAAAUUAAAUGUUGUUGAGCACGCGCCAGCCGUGAAUAAUCCGCAUUAGUAUGAUAUUGUCCACUUUGGCUGAGCUUGAUAUUUGUUUUUGGGUACCUUUCCAAAUGGUCUGAACUACAUUACUAGUAUGGAGUUGAAUUGAACUGUUCUUAUUUUUUCAACGUGGUGCAUUCAACAAAUUUGAUUGUUAUUAGAAUAUGGAAAUAUACCCCUUAUAAGAAAAUAAUACCCCAUUAGCGAUAU